CGGAUGAUCAAGAAUUUGUUUCACCGAUUCCUCAUCACUAGGCUUAUAGCCUAGAUGAAAUAAACAAGCUUUGGCAGGUCCUGCACCGGUUCCGGCGACUCAAUGUAACUACUGCGUCCAAGGCAAAACAAUUCGCCAUUAAUCUAGAAGAACGAAUCUACAUGUUUUAUUUGCUCUACAAAUUUGAGCUCUGUCUCGUGUUGUCUACUGACUGAAUGAACGUGCGCGCGACACCAGCCAGCAUCUGAUCAUAAUGAAAUUUGGAUCCUUGUGUCUGUAUGAAAUUGAUAAUUUUGUAAGAUGGGUAAUGACGAGGAAAUGUUAUCAGGAGCUCCGACGGAAGAUGCAAGUACCUCUAAAACCGACGUGGUAACGUUGAUGCCUUCUGUGGGAGACACAGUUGCUACCGAACAUCCGCAUAAAUGUCAAGCAAUCGCAUUAAUCAAACCCGAAUAUAUUGUUCCAGAGAGGCAACGGGAGCUGAACCUUAGUUAUGUGUCCAAAGCCGUAAAAGCUAAAUUGAAAAAACAAAAUGACAAUGCUGACCAACCGCCAUGCAAGAAGAUCAAGGGUCAAAAUAAGGCUAGACCGCAUCAUCAAAAGGCAGACAAGUCUACAAAGCUGUGUUUCAAGUUUCUGCGUGGCAACUGCCCCUACGAAAAUUGCCUUUACAGCCAUGAUAUUGAUAAAUAUAUAGCCACUAAAGAACCAGACAUCGGGGACACAUGUUACCUUUUUGAAAAGUACGGUCGCUGUCGUUAUGGGAUGACGUGCAGAUUUAGUGGGCACCACCUGAAACAAGGCAGAAACAUUACUGACAAAAACGUGUUUACAGGUAGUGAAGAUGAGCCUGAAACGAACUUGCUCACCAAAGAACUACAAGCAAAACUCUGGAAAAAACAUUACGAUUUUGUCAAGACCAAACAUCCUCUAGAGAGAAUUAAUAGUAAAGAGUAUCUUAAAUAUAAGAACGAAACAGCCGAUGAUAGCGAGAAGGUAAAAUUGCGUCUUGAAGAACGCAAGAAGAUUGAUUUUAAAGGUAAGUUGUAUCUUGCUCCGCUGACAACUGUGGGAAACCUUCCGUUUCGUCGUAUAUGUAAAGAGCUCGGGGCAGACAUCACUUGUGGUGAAAUGGCAAUGGCUACAAAGCUUCUACAAGGACAAAUGUCCGAAUGGGCUCUACUUAGGAGACAUGCUUCCGAGGACAUCUUUGGUGUUCAGUUGUGUGGGGGUCAUGCCGACGUAAUGGCCCGGUGUGCCCUGCUGCUGGAGGAGCAGUGCAGUGUAGAUUUUAUUGACAUCAAUAUGGGUUGCCCAAUCGAUCUCAUUUAUAAAAAGGGAGCGGGAUCUGGACUCAUGAACCGUACAAACAAAGUGAACGAAAUCGUAUUUGCCAUGACGGAAGCAUCUAAUAUUCCUGUCACGCUUAAAAUGCGCGCGGCUGUCCAAGAAGAUCGUAAUAUUGCACACAAAAUCAUUGAAGAUUUAAAGCCAUGGGCAAAACGUAUCUCACUGUUCACGGUUCAUGGGAGAUCGCGUGAACAGCGCUAUACAAAGUCAGCUAAUUGGACCUACAUUGGCGAGUGUGUUCGUCAGGCCCAUCCACAAAUACCGCUUUUCGGUAGUGGGGACGUUCUCAGUUACGAAGAUUACGAGAGGAACAGCUGUACUUAUAAAGUUGAUGGAAUACUGCUCGCCAGGGGCGCGCUUAUAAAGCCUUGGCUAUUUACUGAGAUAAAAGAACAACGACACUGGGAUAUCUCCUCAUCCGAGCGCUUCGAGCUACUCAAAAAAUACACCAAUUACGGAUUAGAUCACUGGGGCUCUGACACAGAAGGGGUUGAAAGGACCCGCAGAUUUCUUCUUGAGUGGCUUUCCUUUCUCUACAGAUACAUUCCUGUGGGUCUAUUAGAAGUACUUCCGCAAAAAAUCAACGAUCGACCUCCAUCGUAUAGGGGACGUAAUGAACUCGAAACGCUAAUGGCCUCGGCGUCCUGCGCGGACUGGGUUCGAAUAUCCGAGAUGCUCCUUGGACCUGUUAGAGAUGAUUUCAACUUUUUGCCCAAACAUAAGGCAAAUGCGUAUGAUUAAAUAAAUAUUUUUUUUUUCCUAAUAAUAACGUGUUGUUGUGUUGAGAGGAACGAAUGUAUUCAAUUACAAUGGAAUAUAGAGGCAAUUUUAAUUUCUUAGGUAGUUAGCUUGCUAAAGAUUUUGUAAAAAAUGUAUAGCAUAGUAAAUAUAAAUAAAUAAAGUUCAGAAAACUAGAAAUUACGGAAGAGUUUGGAAAUUGAGGAGUAGAUAGCAGACUAAAAUAUUCAUGUAUUCGACAAGUGCUUCAAAAACCCUAGAAGCCUACUAUGUUGUACUGCCACUCCUCAAAGAAGGGCAUGCUUAAUCGCGGGUUGUUUCAUUCUUAUUCUAUAUAUUAAACAUGCUUAUUAAGGAAAUGCGUAAAUGUAUAAAAGUUCUGCCUCCGUGUCCAAAAAUAAUGGAAGUUUUUACAUAAGAAAAACACAACAUUUCAUUUGAAUUUCACCAGCA